GAUGACCCCAAAAUCGAUACAUUGGGAAACAGGAAAUGAAAUUAACAGCGCCAGCUGACGUGUACCAAGCAUGAAACCCGAAAGGAAAACAGACGCUCCGAAAAUCAAAUACACAAUUUUAGCUAUAUUGUAUAUAGGUUUAUUUAUAAAUGAGUGUUCAUCAUCAAAGAUAUCGGAUUUACGUCUAUGUGGUGACAAAGAAUGCAAGACAACCUUAUCCUAUGGACGUACACUAGCUAAGCACAUGCAAAAUGAUCCAAUAUUCCUGAACUUUGAGAGAAAUGUGAUGAUUGAAAUUACAAGUAAAUCUGCUGGAGACCGGCCUGACUUCUGGGGUGGAAGGGUGGAUGGAAAGACUGGCUAUUUUCCAAGAUCAUUUGUGAGGGAAUACAAAGUGGAAAACUCCUCUCCACAGUUUAUUGUACCAACAGAGAUUUCUGACGGGAAGAUAGUGGAGAUGGAGAUGAAGCCACCUCCAGACAAGGCUAAGGAUGACACAGAGGUGGAUGAUGAGGAAGAUCAGGAUGACACAGAGGUUGAAGAUGAGGAAGAUGACAUCUGGUGGGAGAAUGAUGAAGAUAAAGAACAAGAAAACAAAGCUAAACAGCAAGAUAAAGAAAAGUCAGCUCCACCAUCCCCAGAUUCCCUGAAAGACACUGCCAAAACAGAGCAAAAAGAGGGAACAAGCAGAACUGAAAGUCAGGAUUCAGACGGCCCAAAAGACACUGCCAAGACAGAGCAAAAAGAGGGAACAAGCAGAACUCAAAGUCAGGAUCUAGACACUGCCCAGACAAAGCAAAGAGAGGAGAAAGUCACCGAAACCCCAGAUUCAGAUAGCCAGCAUCAAGUAGGGGAAGAAAAGGACCUAGGGAUCAAAACAAAGGUAGAAAAAACUGACUCUGUACUCAGUGGUGAGAAGGAAAGUACUACAGAAAAAAUGGAUUCUGUUUCCAAUGAUGAGAAAGACCCCAUCCCAGAAAAACCUGAUCCAGUUUCCAUUGAUGAAAAGGACCCCACAGAGGUGGAGGAGACAAAAGAAGUUCAAGACACUACAGAACAUAAAAUGGAUAAAGAAGCAGGCAGUCAGAUUCAUGUUAAAAAGGAAAAUCGGGUGAAGGAAAAGCUGGAUGAAUUAAGAGAGACACUGCUUUCAUUUCAUGAUAUUGAUGAUAAAGACAAAGUUGAUAUUGAGGAAUUAAACAAAAUGUUGGAGGAAGGAGCUAAAGGAAAACAAGCAGAAUCAUUGGAAGAUGUACCCUCUACAACUUCAACAGAAAAAACAGACUCAUCUGGCACAGAUUUAGAACAAAAACAAUCUUUAAAGGUAGAUGAUGGUGUUAAAGCAGAUGAAAAAUCAGAGGAAAUGAAGGUAGCAGGUUUACUGAAGGAAACUUCUGAUGAUGUCAAAGCUUUGCCUGAGGAUCAGAAAACAUCAGAGAAAGAUGACACGGAGAUAGCAGAUGAAACUGAAGUUGGGAAUGGGGAAAGUAUCACUGACAUCAAACAGGAAGUGGUGGAGAAUGCAGGGAAGGAGGUUGACAGUCAGGUUUCUGGUGGUUUAGCUGUGGAGCCUUCCCUGACUGACAAAGAUGGUCCACCAACAGGUCAGGGGAAUACUGAAGCAGGGAUUCAGCCGUCGUCUGUGAUACAGGACAAGAAGGAAGAGAACAUGCUGCAGAAUUCAUUUACAGUGGAAGGAAGCGCCUCCCAGUCAGAGGAAAAGGCUGGCAGCAGUUUAAGCACUCCAGGACUGACUGAGAUCCCAUCCUCAGUAACUGAGGCUUCCACAGUUGAUUCAAUCACACAGCAGACGGUCAUGGAGGGCUUCACUAUCAUUGAUGGAACCCCAUUCCCCUUGGAUAUGUUUGAUGAUCCCACUCCUACAGGAGAUGUUGCAAAGCCAACGGAGUCAGAACUGUUGUCCUCCACAUCCUCUCAGCAGUUCACUUCAUCUGUAUCAGUGGAUGAGCUGGUCAAGUCUGAAUCAACAGUGGAUGUGACAAAACAGACCACUGCUCAGUCUGAUAUAGUGACCAAACCUCUGGAACAAAGUCCCGACUCCUCUCUUCUGCCUACUCAAACUGAAACAAUGAUGAAGUCUCUAAAUAUUGAUACUGGAUCAUCAACUGAUAUUGUUCCAACACAAACUGAAGCAGUUGCCGAGUCCUCAAGAGUCAACCAAGACUCCUUGAAAGUGACAUCAGAAUCAGCACAUUCUAAAGAUUCUGUUCCUGAGGCUAGUGAGCAGGACAGAGACAAACACACUGAAGUGCACAUAGAGGAAGCAGUUAAAUCUGAAGAUUUGACGGACUUGGAGAAAAGCAGCCUUACUAUGGACGGUAAAGUAGAGGAUGUCCCAAGUGAAGGUAGUGAAGAAAGCAAAGAGGAAAAGGAUAAGGCUAAGGCAGACAAUACCCAGAAAAAUGGUGUAGAGGUGGAUCAAACUGAAACAAAAACAGAGGAAAAUUCUGAAAAUGUCACAACUGUUCAAAAAGAAGUGGAAGGCGGUGAACAAAAGCCAUCUGAAACACUGACACAAAACAAUGAAAAACCAGAUCUGUCGGCUCUAAAGUUUCUGGAUGAUGAAGAUACCAGUCCUGAUUCACCAAGUGAUGAUGAGAAUGUGAAGGAAAUGAAUGUUCCAACUGAGGAAAUUAAGACAAAGGAAGAGGGAAAACAGUCCCAGAUGGGGGAUGAAAUGACUGAUAAACCCAUCCAGGAGAAGACGACAGCUUCAGCUGUGCCAUCCACCUCCCCUGUAGAACAACUCAUGUCUUCCAUGGAAAGUGAAUACAGUGUAGACAGCAAGGAGAUUAUUGACAACACAAGGAAUACUGCAGUUGUUGGGGACCAUCAGAAUGCCACUCGGACAGUAGUAGACACUGAAAACCUUAAGAUUGAUCUUCCCUCCACUGUGGAUGCUUAUGCCACAGCCGACUUCCUGUCUAGGAAACCAUUGUCACAUGAGCCUCACAAACUCCAGGAUUCUGUGAAACAAGAGGGCAAGGCAGAAGAAGCUGUAGUGGCUGUUGAAGCUGGUGAGGAAAAUAAGGAUGCAGUUACACAGGCCCCUCCUGUGUCAACAACUCAGAAAGAGGCGGAGAAACCAUCAUCUACAGACACAGGGAAUGUAGAAGACAAUAAACAGGAAACAGUCACUGAAAGCCCAUUUGUAUCAACUACCCAGCCAGGUUCCAGUGAGGCAGAAAUUCCUCCUCCACCUACAGAAUCCAAAGAUUCCACUACACAACCCAGCACAGCUCAACCACCAGGAGAGGAAAGUAAAGGACCGGAGGAUACAUCAAUUCCAGAAAGUACUCCUGACUCUGUUACUACUCCAGAUUCUGUUAUGUCCACUCAAGACAUACAACCCUCCUUAGCAGAGACAGCUGGUGUUACCUCAGAGGCAUCGACACAAGGCGACCAAGCUGACACCGACUCCUUUAGUCAGUCGGAGUUUUUGUCCAGGAAGAUCAAUGAUGCUGACCUGGAGGAGAAGGAAGAUUUGGCUUACAAAGCUGAGAGGCCAUGGAUGAAGAGUGACCAAUUCCUGAAGUGGUUCAUCACCAAGCUUCCCCCAUCAGUACAGGCUCUGCUGGAGCAGGAACCACUGGGUCUCUCCCCCCAGAUGGCAAUUCUGGUCACCAUGGUUACCCUCACAUCACUGGUGGUUGUCACCUGUUGCAGUGUAAUUUGUGGGGGAGGCAGAAAAUCAAAAAAGCAAGACCCUGUAGUUGUUGUUCGAGGCUUGGAAGAGAAGUUAUUUAUUGUUACCAAAGAAAAGGAGAAUUUAGAGGAUGAACUUCAAGUUCUCCAACAGAAGAUACAAGAUAUUGAAGAGGAUAGUAAAUCCACGCAGUCGUCUGUUGGGGAUAUUCAGAAAGAUCGACAAACUUUACAGCUUCACAACAAUUCCCUCAGGGAACAAGUGGAGAGUCUGACAGAGGAGAACACUGUGAUACAACAGGAACUGAGUCAGAAGACAAAGGAACUCAGAUCUAAAGACAACCAGUUGAAAGAGGCGGAGAAACAAAUCAAACAAAAGGAUGACAAGUACAACAAGAUGAACGAAAAGUUGAAAGAAGCUAACAAAGAGAUUCAGGAGAAAUCGGGGGAAAUGAAAACUUUGAAGUCCCAAGUUCACAGUCUCACAGACCAGGUGUCUCAUCUAGAAGCUAACAAGUCACAGUUGAGUGAAGAGGCAAAUGUUUGGAGUGAAAAAGUGAAGGAGCUGACUGAACAACUGGACGAUGUAAAGGAAGAAGAGAAGCAAAUGGCCGAAGACCUAGCCUAUAAAGAAAAUGAAAUAGAGGUUUUGAGGGACUGCUUCCUCCAAUUGAAGGCCUUCGAGGACCAGGGUGUGGAGGAGGGAGAGGGGGAGGAGACCAGGGAUGAGACAGAUUCUGGAAACAUCCAGUCCAAAUUAAAGUCCAUGAUUGAUGUGUCGCAGGUAUCGGCCAAACUAAGAGCCACAGAGGAGGAGAAGCGGUCAGUAGAAAACAGGCUGGACAUAGAAAUGCAAGGCCGCAGGGACAUGGAGGAGCGUAUCCUCGACUUGGAGAGAAGGGCAGAAAAUCUGCAGUCAGACAAGAUGAAGGCUGAGAGACAAAACAGCGAGGCUCAGACCAAGCUAGAAGUUCUGUCCAAUUACUUCAAACAGAAGGAGCUAGAAUUACAAAGGGAGUUAGGAGAACAAGAAGCUCUGAAGAAGAUGAAUAUCAACAAGUUAGAAAAUUCUGACACAAGAACAAAGAUGAUGCGGGAAGAACUGGACGGAUCAAAAGCUCAGAUUGAAGAUCUGAAACGUGAAAUUUUAUCAGCGGAGAGGGACUUCCGGUCACAGAUUGCGGCCAAUGAAAAGAAAGCGCAUGAGAACUGGCUGGCAGCUCGGGCAGCAGAGAGAGAACUGAAGGAGUCCAGACACGAGGCCUCGGUAUUAAGACAAAAGUUAACAGAUUUGGAACGCCGCCUGAUGCAGGGACCACCUGGUGGGUUAAUCAGGCCUGUCCCUUCUCGGGGGAUGCCACCACCAGGUAUGAUAAAUGGUCCCCCUAUUCCAGGAAUGGAGAGACCAGGGUCAAGAGGCCGUAUGCCCCCAGGUGGUCCAAGAGAUGAGGAUUUCCCUGGAUCUCCAGGUCCGGAUUCGGAUAGAAGACCACCCCCUCCCCUGGGUCCCGAUGACAGGAGAAUCCCUCCCUUCAACCCAGAGGACAGGAGAAUGCCCUUCCCCCCGGACGACAGGAGGAUUCCACCAAUGGAAGGGCCUGAUCGCCGACCAACACCCAUGGGCUCACGUGUGCCCCUUCCUCACCCGAUGGACAUACGGUCACCGCCACCUUUUGAUAGACGGCCCCCUCCACCUCUGGAUAGAAGGUCACCACCUCCUUAUGAUCGAGGGUUGAGGUUUCCUCCUCCUCCAUUAGAUCGGAGGUCACCAGGACAAAGAAUGUCUUUUCCUCCUGACAUGCCUCCUCCUCACCUGCGAGGCCCCCCACGGGGGCCACUUUCUCCUCCUCUUCGGAAUGAUGGUCAGGGAAUAGACACCCCCCCAUACCGACCCCCACCCGACCACGAUAGGGAACCAAGACAACAGAGCCAGGUAUGAUAGCAAGCAUUGAGUCAUCAGAAGGGGGCUGAAAGAUCCAAACAGAAGAUCACAAGAAAUAGAAACUGUGUUCAAAUUAGGGUAGCUUAGAAUUAUUGAGUAGACUUGCGAAAUCAAUGUAUAAAUGUAAAAGGAUGGAAAAGAAAGUUUAGGACUGGCACCUAAUGUUUGGGAACUGUGAUAAUGAGGUUAUAAACCAGCUGUGCGUGGUUUACAUGUGUAACAGAGUUAAGUGUUGUAUGUUUAACAUGUCAUAUUGCUGAAUGUUAACUUUGGUGUUUAUGAAUUUAAGAAAUUACAGUGUUUUAUGUGUAAUUUAUCAUGUGACAAUAGAUAAGUGGAUGAAUGCAGCGGUCGUUGAUUGUAUGAAGACUAGAUAAAAAUUGUUGAAAACUUGGGUUUGGGCUCAGUAGCUCACUGAUGAUCAGUACUGAAUGCUUCUACAAAAUUGGCUCUGUCUGAUGCAAGAUAUUUUCUUAGUCUUUUAGAAGUUUCAUGCAAUGCAUUUUUCAUUGUAAACUUAAUGGGAAGAUUUUUAGAUAUCUUUCCACUAUAAACUAGUCAUACAGAUUAUUACUCAUACUUCAGCCAUUAUUAUCAUUAUGCAUUCACAUCCACUCCUGCAAAAGGCCAAGGAAAUUGGACAAUGGAUAUUUCAUGGUGGUAACUGAUUUUCCUAUCCAUCUCUGUUCUUGAAGCCUUUCAUUUGGUAAUGAUGCCCACUUUUGCAUUUGGUUUUAAGGUUUAGUAAAGUUAUUAUUACCGGGAAGAUUUUUCUCAAAAGUAGAAUAAUUUUGUGGAUUUUUCUAACCCUCAAGCAACACUAGGAAACUGGAAUUAUAUUUGAUGUACCCAAUUUAAUAUUUACCUUGACAAGGGAUAUCUUAGUCCCAAGUAGGGCAACUUUAAUUCAGAUGACCUAUUUAAGUUUAAGAACUGUGUUCCGUUCCUUGAUUUCCCAAUUUUCAUUAGUUACAUAUUAAACAGGAAUUCCCAUCUUAUUGUUUGACCUUUUAUGAAAUAUAUCAUGAUUUUGGCAUUAAAUUUUAAACUGGAAUUUUUCCUAGUCAUUGGGCACAUUAACAUGUAUACCUCAACAUACCUAUCCGUGUGCCUUAUAACUAGGAAAAAUUCUAGUGAUUUGUGGUAUAACAAAGCCAUUAAGUCAUCAAAUAUACAGUGGCUUCCUUUUAUUCUGUUGUAGAUGACUAUCUGUUGAAGUAGGUCUAUGUGUGUUGAAAAAUUAAAAUAUGGCAGUAUCAAGAGUUUUCAAUUACAAUGGUUAAUGUUUUGGUGUUUCCAAGGGUCUCCUUUUCACAUUUCAUUUCCAAUUUUCCUUGGUUGUGUUGGAAGAGAACAUAUUUUAUUAGCUAUGAAGACAUUUUCUGUAUAUUAAAGAUUAAAAUUAUAAUGAAUGGUUGCUGAAAAGCAGAUUUUAACUCUCAGUGUUGUAUGUUUGAAGCAAAUUUUAUGUGCACUGUAUUUUACCAUAAACAAUUCCUGUUUAGGUAUUGAAAUUAUAUAAUUGUAUAAAAGAUGGCAUUUUGAUUGGAGGAUUUUAAAGAAGUGGUCAUUCAAUAAGUGAUGUAAUGUCUGCACAGCUUUGUCAUAAAAAGAAAAAGAGCAUUGGUUGAUGUUACAUAUUUUCGAUUCUAAUUUUGUUUGUGUGAGGUUGAGUUUAUGAUGAUGCAAUGUCUGUGUAAUUGUAAAUUAAUCGUAAAGAAGUCUUCCUGCCAAGGAAACAAAUAAAAUGUUCCUCUUG